AUGGCUUCAAGCAGUGUUCCCACUAUCUCCAUUCCCAAUAUCUCUCACCUUGUCUCUGUCAAAUUAUCUGAUACCAACUAUCUUGUAUGGGAAAGCCAGGUCCAACCUUUCUUACUCGGCCAGAAUCUUUGGCGCUUUGUUGAUGGCUCUCAUCCUUGCCCCUCCCCUACGCUUCCUCCUUAUGAUAAGUCUGAAUCCUCUACUCCGUCGUUGGCCAAUCCUCUCAAAUUUCGCCUCUUCUCUAUUACCAAAGGUUCCAAAUCCAUCUCUGAAUACCUUGCUCAGGCCAAGAGUUUGGCUGAUGAACUCACUGCAAUCCAGGAACCUGUCUCCAACUCUGACCUGGUUACUUAUGUGCUUCGUGGUUUGGGUAUUGACUACCAAAUGAUUGUGAUGGCAAUUUUGAAUUUCCCACCACUUCCAUCCUUCUCAGACCUCCGAACUCGCCUUCUUGCUUUUGAAGGGCAACAGCCUUAG